AUGGCUUCUUCCCAGACAAGACCCGCGGCCAUGAGCGGUGACUCUGCUGCCCGCAACAUCAAGGGGCCCGGUCAUGGUGCUCCCGCGGCGCCGGUCAGGCAGACCGUCCGCUACAUCAAGGAGAAGCCCUUCGACCGCUCCAGGCUUACACCAUGGCAGAGAGAGAUGCUCAGCAGAAGAAAGCAGUCCUCACAGCCACAGGCUUCUUCCGGAGCAUCAUCACCGCCAUCAAAUGCUGCGGUCACACCAUCGCCUUACGCCUUCCUCUACCCACCCAGCAAGGCGAUCAGGGUUCACGAGCCAGUCAAACAAGCCACUGUCCGAUCCCCUGCACAGGCCCGGAAAGGCGGCAUCCGGAUGAUCAUGAGCUCGACCAGCGUCGCACAGGCAGGAAACGGCAGUCUGUCGAUGACGCAGAGAGUCCGCGGAAAGAUGGUCACCACAAUGCUGCCAUCAGCAACUGCUCCCAUGCCAGUCAGGAUAGGCGAUCGCCCGAAGGAACAGAAUACACAGCAGCAGCAGCAGAAGGGGGACAAAGGGGACGGUACCAAAACCACUAAAUCUCACAAACACACGCUCCCUCGUCCUCAUGUCGACGAGCCAGCAGCCGCUCUACGAAAGGGCAAUACGCCGCCUACUGCCACACUCGCUGCUCCCACCACCACACUCAGCUGCAACAGUCCUGCUCCCACAGCCACACCGAGGACCACCACCAUGAUGCGGAGCCCGUCUCCAGAACCUCGCCAGCAGCCAGUCUCCAGGAAGCGACGGCGCCGAAUCGUCGUCGACUCUGAAGACUCUGACGACGACAUGGCCGUCGCCGCUGCUGCUGCUGCUGCCGCUGCCGCUAUCACUACCGCUGCCAGCACCGUCGAGGCGAAGCAGGCGAGCUCACAAACCAAGCCAUCCACUACACACAAAGAGCCGCCGUGCAGAGCCAUGACACCCGAUACAGACGAAGCCACACACGACCAGCCUGGUAGCCCAAAGCGAGCAGCAGCAAAGAGACUCAAGACGAGCCCUCCAUCAUCGCCACCAAAAGGCGUGGCCGUCUACACCUCUGGUCACCGGGCCAGGCGGAGCAGCUCGCACACUCGUCGGGGCCCAGCCCAGUCGCAGUUCUUUCUCAACGGCGAGCGGCUGGAGAAGAACCGUUUUAUCCUGGCUUGA